CAAUCUUAUUAUUGAACAUUUCAUAGUGUUACUAAGUAUUGAAGAACAGAUUUAGCUUCAGAUAGACCCUAAGUGGCACCAAAGCUAGUAAUGUAGGUACGUAUGUACGUAAAAAAUUAAACGCUUGUCCAAAAUUUGUAUAUUAUAAUAACAAGGCAUUGAAACAUUAUACCUCAUUUAAAGUUAAGUUAGUAGUAGUUAGUUUAAGUCGAUUUCGUCCUUAGUAACUUAACGCUAACUCCGAGCUGUGGUUUGAUCAGAGGUCACCAAUCCGCCUAAUAACAAAGGCAUGCCAAACAAAUACGAGAUCGAUAGCUAUAAUUGCCAAAUAUAUAUCAAGUUUGAGUGGGCGGCCUACUCUCAACGCUGGAGACCGAUCGUGAGGGAGACAACGUUCGGUGUUCAUUGCGCGAUGACACGCACUCUCCCCCAUGUACGAUUAGGCCGCAUGAAACGUAUGCGAAAAUGCAAAAAUGAGCGAUGUAGAAUGGGCUGUGGUAUUUCAAUAAACACGAGCAGAGUAGCUCUAAGAGGAGGGAUGGAGCAAAGAAGCUGGAUGCGUGCGCACCCCGAGAUUCGAAGCGCGCGGCAGUCGACAUGCGGCGAGCGCGGAGUGUGACGGGGCCCUUGCGGAGGGCCCACCCUGCCUCAGGGGCCACCUGGAACGUCCAGGUGGUCCGCGGGAAAAUGAGCUCGCAGUGUCUUUGGCACGCGUGCCGCGCCCUGUCCGCGGGGCUGCUGCUGAUGCUGCUGGGCGCUGCCAUGGCCGUCAUAGGAUACUACGCUGACACACUGUCCGUGGACCAGGAGGUGCGAGGGAACGCCACCAUCUCCGUCAAGGACGAGGCGAGGGGCUUCCACCUCAACAACCUCUCGUACGCCGGGCCCAUCGUCAUGGGCUUCGGAGGCUUCAUAGUGGUGGCAGCGUGCGUGAUGACGUUUGAGGCGCGCGACAGCGCAGCGAAGGUGACACCGGCGCGGCCUCAGGCGCUGCCGCGGCCCGUGCCGCGCCGAGGCCCGUGCGCGCCCGCGCGCCUUGACCAGCUCGGCGUCUACCGCCUGCCGCACGUGCUGCCGCUGCCGCACUCGCUGCCGCUCGCACCGGUCUUCAGGCAUCGCCCGCCGCAUUCCACUAGAACCGCUGAGAAAAAGAGCCGAACCCGGUUUGGUUCGGCGCCGGACUUGCGCGGCGGCGGCGCGCGCGCCGUGCCGAUCUCGGCGUUGCGCCGUCCGCUGCGCCGCUACGCGCUGUCCGUCGACGAACCGCCACAGUCCGCCGUCAGUGCGAGCGCAGCGGAGUCAGAGUACGGGUCGCAGUCGUCGCUGGCGCUAGAUCUGCACGCAAGCGGAGCGUGCGCCGGCGUGACGCUGCGCGUGCGCGACAACACGCGCCGCCGCCCGCUCGCGCGCCAGCAGCGCUUGCGGGACGACGCCGGCCACACUCCAGGGGAAAGUGCUCUAAACGUCAACGUAAUAGAUGAUCCACUAACAAAAAUGAAUGAAUCGGAGGAAAUCAGCAAACCUGACGAUACGCGCCUGUCAGUGGAAGUUGAGACCCGGGCGAGUAGCGCCCCGCUGCCGACGCAGCCAUCGCCACCGCCGUCACCGCGGCUCGUGGUGACGCCGUGCCCGCUGUCGCCCUCCGUCGAGGAAACGCGCAUCACUAUCGAGCCCGAGGCUGAGCCCCCGCCCAAGCAAUGAGAUCUAACACCGUCUCGGAGCUCCGAGACCGUCGACACCUAUGACACUUCCGCGCCCAGCGAACCUUGUUGAUAUUUUUUUAAGAGUUAUACAAUGAUUUAAGCUUUAUUGUACUUACAUAAUUUACACGGUUUUCGAUGUGCCCCCAAGAAAUCAAGGCAGAUUUUCUAUUGUAUAGAGGUGUGUUUGUGGCUGUUUACGACUGUUAAAUGUUGGCUGCAGCGGGAGGACUGCGGCGCUGGUGCGUCGCCGCUGCCUAUGUACCUAGUAAUGUGUGUUAGUUUAUUAGAAACCUACAGUAGAAACCCUUAUUUCGGCUGCUUUACGAAAUUAAGACUACUUGGUAAUAUCUUGAAAAUAGUAACACGGCCCUGGUGUGAAAUUCAUAACUUUGAUAUUAUGCAUAACAUAAUAUAACAUACAUCUACUUCAUACGUUUCACACCUGUAAACAUUUUUUUUCGACUCAAAGUUUGAUUUGCAAGAUUAGUAACAGCAGAGGACUUAGUGUGGCUAUCUAAUUAAUACAUAAAUUGUUUUAAUAUUUACUAAGAUAAAGUAUUCUUAAAUGUAUAUUAUAAAAGACUGAUAAGCGAAUUUCAUAAAUAUCAAAGCUAAUAAAAUUCAUAAUUAAAAUGAUAAUAACAACAUAAACAAAAUAAUAAUAUUAAACUAAACUAAUUCAAAUUAAAACUGAAUAUAAUGAAAUAUUCGCGAGGUCAAGGUAUAAUAUAGAUUCUUUUUUUAAGUUUAAGGACCUGGGUACUGGGUCAACUGCUUUAAUUUUGCUGAAACACACUUAUUAAAAUGUGAUAAUACGAUUGUUGAUCGUAGAUAGGAGUGGUUAUAUUGUAGUAACUUGAUUUGAAAUUUUAUAUAAAUAUUUAUUAUAAUAUUUACACGUAGAACGUGGUCAAUUGAUCUUACACGGAGAGACCUUGUUUAUUGGCUGACACAGUAGUAAUCUAAGAAUAAUAUAGUAACACUAGUAAUAUACUAAGUUAACCCCGCGUUUAUCCCGUCAAGGGUUAUAUUUCAGAGUUUUUCUUUUGUGGAUAUUUUUUAUCACAAUCACUAAUGUGGUGAACAAUCUGAACAUACUUUAGACAUUUUAAGUUGUUUUUUUAUAUCACGUCGUUCGCAAACAAACAUACAGCCCGCCUGAUGGUAAGCGGGCAUCGUAACUUGUGGACGCCUGCAAAUCCAGGUGUGUUACAUGUGCGUUGCCGACCAUUCAACAACCUGUACACUUAUUUUUUGAAGAACCCCAUACUGUAGCGUCACGAGAAAACCUCGGCGUCCACGGGAGGAAAUUCCUCUUAAACCAAACAGUGUGGGACUAUUUAGGUUCUAGGCUAAAGGAUGUGAGGAUUAACACCCUGCCGACGGCGAGCAGUGUGGUGAUAGAAAGCGGCCUUUGACAUUACGUCGAUUAGACUUAAAUCGACCGGGAGGACCGUGAUUACCUUUUAUAUUGUUUUUGAGCUCCCGAUAUUUCGACGCAGUUACAAGCAUCUUGUUCCCGGGUAACUGGAGAUAGCGGGUGGGUGUCAAAGUCGUGUAGACCGCGCUCGGUCUACACUCAUUCGUGCGCGUUCGCUUUCAACGUUGCCACUGGUCGCGCCCACACUUGUUGAUUUAUCCACUACGCGUGUUUGAUUCGGAUAUCAAUGGGAUAUCAAUCCGAAUCAAACACGUGUAGUGACACUAUGAGUGUAGUGUGCUUGGAUAGACGUUAUCUCCAGUUACCCGUGAACAAGAUGCAUGUAACUGCGUCGAAAUUUCGGGAGCUCAAAACAAUAUAAAAAGUAACCACGGUCCAUAUUCCGGUCGAUUUAAGUCUAGUAAAACUAACCGUGAAUCAUUUAAAACUGUUAUUAUGUCGAUUCUUCGAGCAAAACCCAUUCAUUGUACGAGCGGUAGAAUACACACAAAGAGCUGAAGUAUCUCCUUAGACUAAAAGGUUUAAUAUCGCUUGAGUUUGGGAUCGUCGACAAUUCGACAGCACAACUUUGGACUGAGUCAAAGGGUCCAAGCACUACUCCAUAAAGGGUCUGACUUGCGACUUAUACAUCGUGGGAACGAGUAACCCGACAGAUUUUAAAGGUGUGUAGCAUUUAGAGACCUAAACGGUUUUAUUUUAGAGAUAAUAAAUGACGAUUCUUGUUAAAAUUUGUUUGAAAAUAACUAUUUGAAAAACGUCUUUUUGUCUGCGAUGCUGCCAAUAUGUGGCUUGGUAGACAUUAAAGUUUUAAAGGAAACUCGCAAAUUAAUCUUUAAAUAAAAAACGUUAAUUAUCGUUGUAAUGUUUUUUUUCACCAAGUUGUAAACAUAAAUAACGUGUUGUGUGCAUAAAAUUCACGCACACACCAUUUCUUGCCGACUUUGACCAAUAGUCAUAUAAUUUUUUUUUGUUCGUUAUGUCCUUAGGAACUCGUCGUAAAAAUCUGUCUUACUCGUUCCCACAGUGUAUGGUAGCAGUUUAUGCCCCGGAGGCAAAUAUCGCCUCGUUUUAUUUAUUAAAAAUUUGAUUCGGUCAACCUAAAUACCGUAUGGACCAACAUAAUACAUUUUAUAAAAUUAAAACUAAACACUAUUUAGGCGACAAAAUGGCGCGACUCGGUUGAAUCGGCUGCUCUUGUGUCGGAUUCGGCAGUUUGCCCCGGAACCACCGAAACACGACACCCUUUGACCAGAAGUUGGCGCAUUCGAUGGUCCCCUGCAGCGGUCGCGGCACGCGCACCACAAAAGAGUUGAAGUGCACGUAGUGGCGCAAUCGGAGCUGUAACACCCUCAGCGUGUAGCUUUAUGGAGCAUAUCGAGUUUUUUGGUUACCAGCGCAGCCUUACUUUCCAGUGGCUACAAAAUUGGACGUCACUGGAGAUGUUGACACCGAGUAUCCCAAUACUCCCUGACAUGGUUUGGGCUGUGCCUUGAAACUGUGGGACCACAGUGGGACUGGAUCUAACAAAAUUGUCGCAACCCUUCGCCGAAACUUUACCGCUGAAACCACAGAACAAGGAAUUUUGGCACUGCCUUUAUGAUAGGCAUCCCAGUACUGUCGUCUGCAUAACAAUGAAUGUCGUCGAUAGACAACAUGUCAUUGAUAUGCAGCAAAAACAGGGUUGAAUAUAGCACGAAAUCUUGCGGAGAGCCAGCGCUAAUGUUCAUGCUAUCGGAGCAGCUUCCGUCUACUACGGCUCGUAUGUAUGCCGAACAAAAAGCUAGCGAUUCAUUUGCAUAAUCCCUCGGGCAGUCCAUAAGUAGUUCUGAUUAUCUGUUAUUUUAUUGUUAUUUUUAACAAUGAGCUGACAAUUAGAGCUGUUGGCACUUAGAAAAAAUAAUCUUCAUGUUGCUUUGGUGACAAUUUGUAGGUAUGUGAUGUGUCUAGAAUCUAAACAGUGACGCUCAAUCCACAUGUAAAACAACGACAAUCACAAUAUGAUCUAUUUUUACAAAUAUAAUUAUAUUUAUCCAAUUACCUAAACCAAGAACAGAUUAGCAAUUUAUAUAUUUAUUUGACGUCUCUAAUUUACUUCCUGGCUGUACCUGACUGACGUGUACUAAUUAUCAGACACAGUUAUAGUCUAAUAAACAUAAUAUAAUAUGUGUGCACCUACCCUACAUCUUUCACACCCUUUCAGUACACAUGACUGUAGCUAUAACGCCCUAUAAGAGUAGUUGCCAUUUUGUGUAGCAAACUCUUUUGAGCGCUGAGAGGGAGAGCAAGCUAUUUCCGAUGUCUUUUCCAAAAAAUCUUUCGUCCAGUAUUUUUAAAUUAAGCUAGAGGAAAGUAUAAUCUGUGUGGUAGUUGUUAUAUAAAACAAUAUUUAUUCACCUAAACUAAACUAAAACUCAAAGAAAUUCGGAUACUAUUGUUACCCGAGACUUCGCAUAUGGCCUAUGAAAUUGAUGUUAUGGGAUUGACAUGGGAUGAUAUUAAAUAUUCUGUAUGCCGAGUAUAUGCAAUAAAUAAAAUCUUAAUCUUCGGAGUUUUUACAAAGUAUACUGGAUGGUACUGGUUAGAAAGCUAGUAUAUGAAAACGUAAUUAGAGGUAGUUAAAUAAUUCUGUGUUAAUUAAAUGUUGUCUACCCUAACGACGGAGGUCGUUAUCUGACUGAUCAGCCAAUUCGUAAAUUGGUCACUUUUAUACAACUUAGAAUGUUUUGUAUCGAUGGUAAUUGUACAAAAUUCUUACAUAUAGGAAACUGUAAUAUGUACUCAAUCCAAAUGGUUGUUGUGAUGUCUAUUAAAGUUGUUGAAUAUA